CAUGUAGGCUGUAUAUCAUUCACAGUCCAGGCACUGAGCUCUGCACAUGUUUGAAAAAAAAAACUAAAUUAAAAAAAAAAACUUUUUUCUUAACUUCGCGCGUUUUCGAUGCAUCUUUAGAUUCUUGUUGCAAUUUCGGCGCGUAUCUUGAGGUCGGAGGUUAUCGGUGCAGUGUUGAAGUGAUUAUUUGAGGUUUUUUGUUCGUCGCAAUGGGGGAGAGUGAGUGCGGGGCUCGGACUGUGAAGGCGUACAUUAUGAGUGAUUUGCUGAAGAAGGUCGACUAUGAGACUAGAAAUGAGUUCGUCAAGAUCGCGGUGGCUGUCGCCGGCUUCUACAUGGGCAUUUUCUAUCUGGAGUAUGUCGACGCGGAAUACAGCCUCUGGCUGUCGUGGUUCCUGACGCCGGUGGUGGUGACCUUCCUGCUGCCAGCCAUGAUCAUCGUGCUCAUCUACAUCAGCAGCGUCAUGUUCCACUUCUAUCGGCUCUACAGGAUGCGAGUAGUGGACGGCGUGCAGAGCGACUGGCGGCACGCGGCGCGCCUCGCCGUGUGCGCGCUGUGGGACGCGCACGGCUGGCUCUACCACGGCUACGAGAUCCGCGGCAUGGAGAACCUGCCGUCAGGAGCGUGCCUCAUCAUCUACUACCACGGCGCGCUGCCAGUAGACAUGUACUACUUCAUCGCCAGGAACUUCCUGUUCAAGAAGAAGAUGGUGCAUACGGUUGGAGACAGGUUCAUGUUUAAGAUUCCUGGUUGGAAGUCCCUACUCGAAGGCCUCUGCGUGAUCCCAGGCACAGUGCAAGAGUGCGCGGCGGUGCUUCGCGCGGGCGACUCGCUCGCCAUCUCGCCCGGCGGCGUGUACGAGGCGCAGUUCGGCGACCACUACUACAAGCUCAAGUGGAAGAAUAGAGUAGGCUUCGCGAAGGCCGCCAUUGAGGCGAAAGUCCCAAUUGUCCCGAUGUUCACUCAGAACGUGCGCGAGGCGUUCCGCACAGUGGGCUGGCUGCGCGGCAUCUGUCUCCGCAUCUACGCCGCCACCCGAGUGCCGCUCGCGCCAGUCUACGGGGGAUUCCCAGUGAAGCUUGUGACGCAUCUGGGGAAGCCGAUUGAGUAUGAUCCUGCGUUGACGCCCGAGAUGCUGCAGAAAAAGGUGGCCAGUGCAAUAGAAGCCCUCAUAGAAGAGCACCAGCGAGUCCCGGGCAACAUCCUGCUCGCUCUCACAGAGCGAAUCUACGAAAUGCCCAAAAAGUCAACAAAACUCGAAGAAACAGCUAAAGAACCAACGACUAAUGGAAAAGUAUCGAACGGAGCAGUCAACAUCGAGAACAGCGCCCCGAGCAACCAAAGUGAUAAUCAGAAGGCUAAAGUGUCAUAAUCCAUGUACGUUAGAUGUAAAUUUCUGUGUAUAUUUUGUAAAUGAUGGACUGGGAUGAAGUACAUAGGUAGGUACAUUUGGGGACUCGCUAAGGUCAACACUUUGGAGUAUAAAGCGAUCUUAAUAAAGAUCUGUAGACAGUUUAGAAUUGCAAGUAAAGUAAACACAUUUAAUUUUAGCACUGUUCAGUUUCCAUGAAUACAUAAAUUUCCACAAUGGAUAAACUUUGGCAACUAUACCGAAGUAAUAACUAAUCGAAUAACAAGGUAGAUUUUUAAUAAUUUCAGGGAUUUGACUGUGCUAAAUUUAAAAUCUCUACCAGUGUUGCAUUUAGGAUGGAGGCCCAUUGCACCAAGUACAUAAUUUAACUUGUUGCAGCUGUAUACUUUGUCCCGCCAGCAUAAGUCCAUAUUUAGUGGUUUCUAAGAAAUCACUAAUAUAGUGAAGACUUUAUAAUAUAACUAUUGCAUAUUACUAAUAGUACAUUAUUAGCAUAUUUCAGCUAUGCUGUCUUGUAUGUCUAUAUAAACUUUUUACGAAGCGUAAUUUCAGUUCUGGUGUUUUUUUUUUACACCAACGCCAUAUUUUUAGAGACUAUUGAAUGCCAUACCGCAUACAAGUUAAUGUAUCUUAAAAUUUUUGUUUUUUUGUGAGGGUUAAAAUAUUAAAAAACGUGCAGAACUUUAUAGCUUUUAGACCACAUAAAUAAUUUUAACCUUGUAAAUUUGACUUUUAUGUUAUUGUGUUAGGUCAGAUUUUUAAAAGUCAGAUAUAAGUAAGUUAUCGGGGGAAUAAUGUUGAUGAUAUCUGUAUUCUGUAUGUAUGUGUUAGAAAGAGAAAGUAAAUAUUAUGUUCGACUGAUAACGCCGGCUCCAUACGUUGGCCCCAACGCAGGUCCCAACGCUACUCGUCCAACGUAUGGAUCUAGAAAAUUGCAUUGGCCCCAACGUUGGGGCGAGCGUUGGUAGUUGGCCGGCUCGUGUCGGUUUUAUCAAAGGAAUCUGCGCCAACGCUGGCAGUCACGCCCACACGUUGGCGCUUUGCUCAGUCCUGUUGCAACAUGCAACGAGUGCGGACGUCAAGCGAGAAUGGAUUUCUCAUCCACAAAAUCAUCACCUUUAUGGAAAAAUUAAAAAGUUACAGAUUUUAUUGAACUUAACAACAAGCACAUCCAAUAAUAUGAGAUGAAACUCGAAAGGAACAUAAAAAUCAAAAUGUAUUAGCUGAUGCAUGGCGCAGCAUUCAUCAGAAGAUGGGCAUGAUCUUCUCAAUUGAAGAUUCAAAAAAGCGGGAAUCAUUAAUGAGCACAUAUUUAUCGCCUCAGAGCAGUUAAAAUCUUAACUGCUCUGAGGCGAUAAAUAUGUGCUCAUCGGACUCAUCUGUAUCGGACAUCUUUACGUUGGCCCUGCCGGGACACAACUAGUUUAUUAGCCAACGUAUGUACGCCUCACCCAAUUUGCAGUCCAACGUUGGUACGAGCGUUGGGGCCAACGUAUGGAGCCGGCCUAACAUUUAUCUGACUAUUGAAAACUAAACCAUAGUGUGAUAUUUUUUUAUUUGAACAUUACUUGAGUUAGGUUUUAAGCUUUAAGUACAGCUUGAGUUUAAAAAUAUAAUAAAUAUAUUUUACUAUUUUAGUAUGUACCUAUUCCUAAAUUAUAUUUCUUCUUCUUUAUAAAUGCAUUCCUUUACUGUGUAUUUAUUUAAAUAUUUUAAUCCAUUUUUAAGUAAAUUACUAAAGACAAAAAAACUAAAUCGAAAAACUUAUAAAUAACGAUUUUCGUGUGAUGUUAUGCAUUUUAGUGUGUUAGUAGUACACGAUUUAUUUACUUAUAUUAGUUUUUUUUAUGUAAAUUAAAAUAGAUUGCCCAUCUCGAAUAAAAUGUAAAACUAUCCCAUAUAUUUCUAUGUAUGCAUUCUUAUUUUCUUCUAUAUUUUCAGUUUGUGUUAAAUGUAUUGUACAUUCGUGAAGCAUUUUUUAAACAUUAUUAUUAGUAUGAACACACUGGUGAGGUUUAAUUUAAGGAACUUAAUAUUAAGCUUUUGGCACUGAGUGCUAAGUGAAAAUAAUACUUAAUAUAAUAAUUAUAAUUAUUAUUGUGAUUAGACAACGUUAGCUAAAUAUUUAGACUGUGUCGAGAUAUCGUGUGUACGUGUGUGGUAUCGUCUUAUUUAUUGAUAAACUUUAUACUUAAUUUGCGAACAGAAUGUUCAAUAAAUAAAAUAAUAAGAUAUAUUUUUUAAAA